GCAUACUCAUAUGUUCUCACUUAUUGUCGCCUCAAAACUAUGUUUCUAAGGGCUACAAGAUUUAAGGCAGGCCUGGGAAGGACAUAUGCCCUAGCGUUUGCAGAGAGAGGCGCUUCUGUCAUUGUGAAUGAUUUAGGUGGAGACAUUAAGGGGGAAGGAAAAAGUUCAUCGGCUGCAGACAAAGUUGUAGAAGAAAUAAGAGCCAAAGGAGGAAAAGCUGUAGCCAAUUAUGAUUCCGUGGAGGCUGGAGAGAAGCUUGUGCAGACUGCCUUGGAUGCGUUUGGUCGAAUAGACAUUGUCGUAAACAAUGCUGGGAUUUUGAGAGAUCGCUCUUUUGCGAGAAUAAGUGAUGCUGAUUGGGAUAUCAUACAUAGAGUUCACCUAAAAGGUGCAUUCCUAAUUACUAGAGCAGCAUGGAAUCACAUGAAGAAUCAGAAAUUUGGAAGAAUAAUAAUGACCUCAUCAGCUGCUGGCAUCUAUGGAAAUUUCGGGCAAGCAAACUACAGUGCGGCAAAACUUGGCCUUGUGGGGCUUUCUAACACCUUGGCCAUAGAAGGGACAAAGUACAACAUCCAUUCCAAUUGUAUUGCUCCUACUGCAGGCUCGAGACUGACACAGACGGUUAUGCCACAAGAUCUGUUGGAUGCUCUGAAACCAGAAUAUGUGACUCCUCUUGUUUUGUGGCUUUGCCAUGAAAGUUGUCAGGAGACCGGAAGUUUGUUUGAAGUAGGGGCCGGAUGGGUUGGAAAAUUGCGUUGGGAGCGAUCUCUUGGCGCCAUUAUCAGGCAGAAGAAUCGCCCAAUGACACCAGAAGCCGUACGUGAUGAGUGGGCAAAGAUCUCUGAUUUUGAUAAUGCCGACAAACCACAGACAAUCCAAGAUUCUAUAAAUCCACUGUAUCAGGUGCUAUCUCAAACUGAUUCUGAAAAGGGAAUGUCUAUGAAUCCCACAAGCCAAGGAACAUCAUUGUCAACUUCCAGCAUUGAUCCUGUAAAAGCUAUAGGGCAGAAGUUGCCUCUAACAACGUAUACUUACAGCCAUUUGGAACCCAUUCUCUAUGCCCUCGGAGUGGGAAUGUCCACCAGAGAUCCCGAUCACUUGAAGUUCCUAUAUGAAGGAAGUGAGGAUUUUUCAUGUUUGCCUUCCUUCGGCGUGAUUGUGUCUCAGGCUGCCUUUAUGAGUGGUGGACUUGCAUCUGUUCCUGGUCUUAAUAUUGACUUUACUAGGGUGCUGCAUGGAGAACAAUAUCUGGAGAUCUACAAGCCUCUUCCAACAUCAGGAGAGAUGACUUCACAUGCUACAGUGGCUGAUAUCAUGGACAAAGGAUCUGGUGCUAUUAUACUGUUGGAUGUUCACACAUACCAUGGGGUAGAUCUUGUAUGCUACAACCAGUUCUCUGUUUUUGUGGUUGGAGCUGGGGGAUUUGGUGGAAAACGCUCAUCAUCCAAGGCCAAGGCAACAGCAAACCCACCCAGCCGACCUCCAGAUGUUGUUGUGACUGAUGCCACCAAUGCAGACCAGGCCGCUCUUUACCGUCUCAGUGGUGAUUGGAAUCCUCUACACAUUGAUCCAAGCUUUGCUGCAAUGGGAGGUUUUGAAAAACCUAUAUUGCAUGGACUGUGCAGUUUUGGCUUUUCUGCCCGGCAUGUAUUGAAGCACUUUGCAAAUAAUGACGUGACAAAGUUCAAGGCAAUAAAGGUCCGAUUUGCAAAACCAGUCCUUCCCGGACAAACACUUCAAACUGAAAUGUGGAAAGAGGGCAACAGAAUUUUCCUUCAAACUAAGGUCAAAGACACUGGAGAAAUUGCCAUUGCGGGAGCAUAUGUCGAUCUCACUUCAACUGAAAAUAAUCUGGAAUCCAAAGGGCCAGUUCAGGAUGGUGGAUUACAGAGUGACCUGGUAUUUGAUGAGAUCAGCCGUCGUGUUAAAGACCUAGGGGAACAGCUUGUUAAGAAAGUCAAUGCGGUCUUUCAGUGGGACAUCACCAAAGAUGGGAAACCAGCUUCUCAGUGGACAAUUGACUUAAAGAGUGGAUCUGGAGAAGUAUAUCGUGGCAAAGCACGCGGCCGUGCUGAUACAUCAUUUACCCUUUCAGAUGAAGACUUUAUGGAACUGGUCCUUGGGAAUCUCAAUCCACAAAAGGCAUUUUUUGCAGGGAAGCUCAAAGUGAAAGGCAAUAUCAUGCUGAGCCAAAAACUGGAAAUGAUCUUAAAGGACUAUGCUAAGCUGUGAAAAUGCAGAGGCUGAGACAAGACAACCCAAACAGGACCUGAAGGAAGUUCAUUAUUAUUCCUCAAAAUCCAGACUGCUGCAAGCCGGCACCAAUUAAAAAAUGUAAUAAUAAUGUUAUAAUAAUGCUAACAGUUUAGCAUACACAAUUGUUCUCUAUGAUCUUUAACAUGUCUUUAUAUUACAAUGACUGAUUAAAGUCUAAUUUGUUAACUUAUAA